AUAUUACUACUGUUCACUGUUUUUUUGUUAAAAUCAAGUUGAAAGUUGUGUAAGCAAAAACAUAAAAAGAAUUGAAGUUUUAGUUAAAUAAAUAUUGAGACAAAUCCGCAAAAUGAGCCUUACUUCUGCUGCCGGUAUAAUAUCGUUACUCGAUGAGCCUAUGCCUGAUUUGAAGGUGUUUGCUUUGAAGAAGCUGGAUCAUAUAGUCGAUGAAUUUUGGCCAGAAAUUUCAGAGUCGAUUGAGAAAAUCGAAAUGCUGCAUGAAGAUAGAACUUUCCCAGAAAAUAAAUUAGCUGGAAUGGUAGCUUCGAAAGUUUUCUAUCAUUUAGGUUCAUUCGAAGAUGCACUCACCUAUGCCUUAGGUGCAGGCGAUUUAUUUGAUGUUAAUGCUCGAAAUGAGUACACUGAAACAAUCAUCGCUAAAUGCAUUGAUUUUUACAUUGCUCAAAGAGUUGCUUUCAUUGAGUCACCAAAAGAAGCUAAGCCUGUUGAUGCACGCUUGGAAGCAAUUGUAAACCGAAUGAUUCAGCGCUGCUUAGAUGAUGGACAAUAUCGUCAAGCUUUAGGUAUUGCAUUGGAAACUAGACGUAUGGAUAUAUUUGAGGUUUCAAUUAUGAAGUCUGAUGAUGUUAGCGGUAUGCUGGCAUACGCUUACAACGUGACAAUGUCCUUGAUACAAAAUCGUGGUUUUCGCAAUGAAGUAUUACGCUGUUUGGUCGGACUUUACCGUGAUUUAGGUGUUCCAGAUUAUGUAAAUAUGUGUCAGUGCUUAAUUUUCUUGGAAGAUCCGUUGGCCGUAGCCGAAGUAUUAGAUAAGCUUACAAGAUCAUCUAAGGAGUCCAAUAACUUGAUGGCUUAUCAAAUUGCAUUUGAUUUAUAUGAAUCCGCAACACAAGAAUUUUUGGGCAAUGUGUUGCAGGCACUUAAGGAAACCGCUCCCAUUCCUACUGCACUUCCAAGUACUUUCAAACCUCAAGGUACUACCAGCUCCUCAAAAACCGACGAAGAAAAAGCCAAGGAUGAAACUGAAAAAACGGAAGAGCCUGAAGCUGAUGUCAAAGUUGAACGAACAGUCGAUUCUUUAAAUGACUCUGAGAAAGCCCAUCAGAAAAAUAUUGAAAAACUUAUUUCUAUUCUUUCUGGUGAGGUCACAAUUGAUUUGCAGUUGCAAUUUCUUAUACGUAGUAAUCAUGCUGAUUUGCAAAUUUUACGAGCCACUAAGGAGGCUGUACGAGUAUCUAUUUGUCACACUGCUACUGUUAUUGCCAAUGGAUUUAUGCACAGUGGCACGACUUCUGAUCAAUUUUUACGUGAUAAUCUCGAUUGGUUAGCACGCGCAACUAACUGGGCAAAACUAACGGCGACUGCAUCGCUAGGUGUAAUACAUCGUGGACAUGAAAAAGACUCAUUGGCCUUGAUGCAAAGCUAUCUACCUAAGGAAGCUGGACCCAGCUCUGGUUAUUCUGAAGGCGGUGGUCUAUAUGCUCUAGGUUUAAUUCACGCUAAUCAUGGAGCCAAUAUAAUUGAUUAUUUAUUGCAACAGUUGAAAGAUGCUCAAAAUGAGAAUGUUCGUCACGGUGGUUGUUUGGGUCUGGGCUUAGCUGCCAUGGGUACCCAUCGACAGGAUCUUUAUGAACAACUGAAAUUUAAUUUGUAUCAAGACGAUGCUGUUACGGGCGAAGCUGCUGGUAUCGCAAUGGGUAUGGUUAUGUUGGGCUCUAAGAAUGCACAAGCUAUAGAGGACAUGGUUUCAUAUGCUCAAGAAACUCAACAUGAGAAAAUUUUACGAGGUCUUGCUGUUGGCAUUUCACUUACAAUGUUUGCACGUUUAGAGGAGGCUGAUCCACUAAUUACCAGUCUUUCAACUGAUAAAGAUCCAGUUCUCAGACGUUCAGGAAUGUAUACGAUUGCGAUGGCUUAUAAUGGAACUGGUAGUAAUAAAGCCAUUCGAAAACUGUUGCAUGUCGCUGUCUCCGAUGUGAACGAUGAUGUGCGUCGUGCAGCUGUAACAGCUAUAGGUUUCAUACUUUUCCGCACUCCUGAACAAUGUCCUUCUGUUGUUAGUUUAUUAGCUGAAUCGUAUAACCCUCAUGUUCGUUACGGUGCAGCUAUGGCGUUGGGAAUUGCAUGCGCCGGUACCGGUUUAAGGGAUGCUAUCGCUUUAUUGGAGCCCAUGGCAAGAUUAGAUCCAGUUAAUUUUGUACGCCAAGGAGCGUUAAUUGCUUCGGCCAUGAUUUUAAUUCAACAUACCGAUCAGACUUGCUCUAAGACUUCGUUCUUCCGUUCCCUAUACGACGAGGUUAUUUGUAAUAAGCAUGAAGAUGUAAUGGCUAAGUUUGGUGCAAUUUUGGCCCAAGGAAUAAUUGAUGCGGGUGGUAGAAAUUGCACUCUUUCAUUGCAGUCGCGUACUGGACACACAAAUUUACAAGCAGUUGUUGGUUCGCUCGUAUUCACCCAAUACUGGUAUUGGUUCCCACUAGCUCAUGCUUUAUCUUUGGCAUUUAUACCAACCUGUGUGAUUGGCCUCAAUUCCGAUUUGAAAAUGCCACAAAUGAAAUUCAAAUCGUCCGCCAGACCAUCAAUGUAUGCAUAUCCGGCACCACUUGAAGAGAAAAAGUCGGAAGAGCGCGAAAAAGUUGCUACUGCUGUUCUUUCCAUUGCUGCACGACAAAAACGUCGCGAAACUGCUGAUAAGAAAGAAGAAGAAAAGAUGGAUGUUGAUGAAGAAAAUAAGGAUUCUGCUACUUCAAGCUCCAAAAAAGAUGAUGAAAAGACCAAAUCUGACGAGAAAAUGGACAAGACCGAUGACAAACAAAAAAAGAAGAAAGACGACGAAAAGGAUAAGGACAAACCUGAGUCUUCGUCCGAAAAAGAAAAAGAUAAGAAAGACGAGAAAGAAAAACAGGAAAAGGAACCUAAAUUUGAAAUUCUAGAAAAUCCAGCUCGCGUCAUGCGUCAACAACUCAAGGUUUUGAGUGUUGCUGAAAAUCAGUCAUAUGUGCCUCUUAAGGAUGUUACAAUUGGUGGUAUAAUUGUUAUGCAACACACUGGUAAAACUAAAGAACAAAAAUUGGUUGAACCUGUAGCUGCCUAUGGCCCCAAAAAUGAUGAUGUCAAAGAGCCUGAACCACCAGAGCCAUUUGAAUACAUUGAAGAUUAAAUAUAAAAAAUCGAAAUUAAUCAAUUCAUUACUACUUUUUUUUAAAUUAGAAAAACCUUUAAUAGGUAUCAGAAAUAUUAAUGUUUAAUAAAUAACAAAUUUGUCGUAUUCACAGAAAAUUAAAACUCGUAUUCACAAUAAACAAAACUCAAUAAUUAUUUUUUCCCAUUCAAA